UGCAUUUGUUCGGUUAUUUUAUCAAAACGAUAAAAGUGUCGAAUGACGAAGAAUUUUAAAUAUGAAUGUUCAGAUGUUCUGACAUGGAUGAUGGUGAUGAUGAUAAUAUCAUUUUAAUAUCAUCACCGACAUCAUCAACACGACCACCGCCACCCCCAUCACAGUCACCACCCCCAUUAAUCCCAUUGAGAGACUUAAAUGGUGCAAGGCUUUGGACGCCGUAUGCGUCAUCACCAUCAUCCACAUUAAUGGCGCCCUUGACUUACUCUUCUGAGAUGGAUUAUGAUGAUGAUGAUGAUGAUACACCACCACCAUCACCGUCACUACAACCGCCAUAG